AUGUCCUGCUACGAGCGGUGUCCUUCAUCUUCCUGCAGCCCGACCCCGCUGGCCAACAGCUGCAGCGAGCCCUGCGUCAGGCAGUGCCAGGACUCAACAGUGGUGAUCCAGCCCUCUCCCGUGGUGGUGACCCUGCCCGGCCCCAUCCUCAGCUCCUUCCCCCAGAACACCACCGUGGGAUCCUCAGCGUCUGCAGCCAUCGGCAGCGCUCUCUGUGCCGAGGGAGUGCCCAUCUCCUCAGGCAGCUCCUCAGGAUUCGGGAGCUUUGGCUAUCCGGGCCUGGGCGGCGGGUACAGCCGGCCCUACCGUCGCUACAACACCUACCGCAGCGGCUUCUAA